CAAUUAUCAUAUUGUUAUCUCAGUGUAACUCUCAUAUUAACUAUUAAUUAUUACUAUUUUAUUCAUAAUAAUAAAAUUAUUAAUUUUAAGUGUAUUUGGCACGAUUAGUUCAGUUAAUCAAGUUUUAGUUAUGCAAGUGAUUUACAUGACCUUAAAAGAACUCAACAUGUGUCACGAGCUCCCACCGACAACGGCUAUUGUGUUUGAGCAAUGCCAAGAAAACGCAAAGGGGCUGAUUUGAGCCGUAAUACAAGUAGGUCCAGAAGUAUUAGAGAUAAAAAAUCCCAAAGAACCGAAGAGCAAAUCCAGCAAAAAAAUGUUGAUGCACGUGUGAGGAUGGAGCAAUUGCGUCAAGAACAAUCAAAAGAUACACGAUCUGAGCGCAAUGAAGUUAUAAGAUUAGAACAACGACAAUCACGCCGUUUCACGGUUAAUAGACGCAGAACAAAUGACCAACAACGCCAACAGGUACAUCGUGCAUUUACAUCUGAUUCAUUUUUGCGUCUAGCAUUCCAGUAUGCUAUGGAUAAGGAAUGUCCGCAUUGUCAUGCUCUCAAAUUAAAAAAUGAGCCACCUGGGAUGUGUUGCGCGUCAGGAAAAGUAAAACUACCUGAAAUUGAAACACCACCUGAACCAUUGAACGGUUUACUUAUCGGCACAGAUCCAGACUCUAACGUAUUCCUGAAGUCAAUUUGAACAUUCAAUUCAUGCUUUCAAAUGACAUCGUUUGGAGCAACAGAAAUAGUUCGAAAUACUAAUGCUUAUGGUCAACAAUACAAUUAAAAAACAAUCGUCCAUAGCCACCGUGCUGAAACAGUGUAAAAUUAUCAUCUAGGAUGAAUGUACCAUGGUACACAAACAUUUGCUUGAGGCGUUGAACAGGACAUUGAAAGAUAUUAAAAACAACGACAAACUAUUCAAUGGCACUCUGUUAGUCCUUUUAGGUGACUUCAGACAAGCACUUUCCGUCAUUCCACGUUCAACAUGCGCUGAAGAAAUCAACGCCUGCUCAAAAUCAUCGAAAUUGAGGCGUAAUAUUGAAAUAGUACAGCUGAAAGUAAAUAUGCGCGUUCAAAUGCUGCAAGAUCCAUCCGCUGAAACAUUCUUGAAACAACUCUUAGAUAUCGGCGAUGGAAAAGUUACUAUAGCUGAAACUGGGUUCAUAAAAUUAGCGAAUAAUUUCUGCACAAUCAUUGAUUCGCAAGAUGCUCUCAUUGAACAAAUAUAUCCCGAUGUGCACACACAGUACAUAAAUCAUGAGUGGCUUGCAGAAAGAGCUAUUUUAGCAGCAAAAAAUGCAGACAUUGACAAUUUAAAUUUGAAGAUACAACAGUUGUUGCCAGGGAACUUGGUAUCAUAUAAAUCUAUUGAUACAGUUUGCGAUGCCAGCGAGGCUGUCAAUUUUCCCACAGAAUUUUUGAACUCACUGGAUUUGCCAGGCAUGCCACCGCAUAAUUUACAAUUGAAGGUUGGAUCUCCAAUUAUCUUGCUUCGUAAUUUAAAGUUGCCACGGAUGUGCAACGGUAAGCGAUUAGUCAUUCGAAAAUUGAUGAAAAACGUUAUCGAAGCAAGCAUUUUUAAUGGUAAGUUCAAAGGUGAAAAUAUAUUAAUACCACGGAUUUCUAUCAUACCUAAAGAUGUGCCAAUUUAAUUCAAACGAAUUCAGUUUCCAAUUAAAUUGGCAUUUGCAAUGACAAUCAACAAAUUCCAAGGCCAAACGAUGUCUAUUUAUGGCUUAAAUUUGAGCAAACUAUGUUUUUCACACGGGCAAUUGUACGGAGCAUGCUCUUGAGUAGGUAAACCAUCCAGUUUGUUUUUGUUCGCUAAAGAUGGGCUAACAAAAAAUAUUGUUCACGAUAUAGCAUUAAGAGAUUGAUUUUGUUUGUAAGUGUUACUGUCGUAAUUAAUAAGUGAUAUGUAAUUUUAAGAAAUAAACUAUAAUAACUUGAAAAUAA